AUGCUCAUCAUGUUCUUCGCUUCACCGCCCUGGCGUCAGGCGCGGCCCACGGACAACUACUUCCAGUGGGUGCAGAGCAACGGCGUGAUGGCCUUGGCCAAGUCCUGGCAAAAGGCCCUGCCGGCCGCCGCCGGCGACCUCCUCGGCCAAAUGCUGAGCGCCAGCCCGGAGCAGCGCCCGGGGAUCGACGAGUGCCUCGCGCACAGCUGCUUUGCGUCUUUGAGAUCAGCGCCGAUUGCAGUUCGCGACGAGUCGGAGGCCUUCCCAAGCGCCCCGCGCUUGGCCGGGGACUGUUACAAGGAGCCAGAGUGGGUGUGCCGCUCUGUGGAGGAGUUGCUCGAGGCGCAAGCUGAGCCUCCGAUCCUCGGGGACCCGUACCGGGAAAUCGCGGACUUCAGUUGCGACCCGUACCAGACACCUGCAGAAGAGCUGGCCAGCCUCCUUAGUGACGCUCCACCUCCUUUGCCGCUGGUGCGGGAAGAUAGGACAGAUCGACGAGGCCUGGCAGGCAGCACGGAGGCCGCCUAG